AUGCAGGCUCGGAAUCUGGCUGGGGAGACUCCCGAGGCACUCGUGCAGCACCGGCUGAUGGAUUUGCGGCGCCGAACCGCGGAAGCAGCCUUGGAAAAAGCUGGGAGCGUGUGGGGAGAGGGGAGUGAUAAUGAGGGGUACUUUGGUGGUGGUGGUGGUGGUUAUGGUAAUGGUUCGAACAAUCCUGCAUUGUGGGGAGAUCCCGAGGACAAUUCAGAGGCAGCAGCUGCUGAGGCUCGGUACCACAGGUUCGGGUCCCAAUCCGACAGGUUCGGUGCCGGGCCUUGGGGAGCUGAUGACGCUUGGAGGGAUGAUGUGGCAGCUCAAAUGAAGAACAGGAUGAGAAGGGACGAGGAGAGCCACCGGGCGGCAGUUUUUGGAGCGAAGCGGGAGGAGGAAGCGGACAAGCGGAGACGGUGGGAGGAGGAACGGAAGAUACGGGAAGAAGAAGCGAGGAAGGUUCUGGAGGCAGAACAGGCCAAAGAUAAGGCAUGGAGAGCAGCGAUCAAGGAGCAAGUGCAGAAAAAGAAGACUGUACAGAAACAGGAGGAUUAUGAUGAGCGAUGGAGGAGAUUCGCUAAGUCAUGUGACAUGGGGAUAACCAUGGCUGAUGUGCCGUUCCCAGUGGUGGGUGGGGGGGAGGAGGAGCUGAAGCAUGUGAUUCUGCAUGGCGUUCCCAAGGAGCAGCACCGGAGGAGGAUGAGAGAGGAGGUGGUGCGAUGGCAUCCUGACAAGUUUAUGCAGAAGUGGGGGUUACGGUUACACGACAAGCACCGGAGCAAUAUUGAGAAGCGAGUGAAGGAGCUUUCACAGGCUGUCAACAACAUUUACGCUUCACUCAACCGCAACAGCCCGCGUCGCAUCCCGUCGCCUAGUGUCGCAUCGCAUCACCAUGCCAUGGUGCAAAAAGUGGCGCGCAAGUGGCCCGCUUUACCACGCCCUGUCAGUCACCCGAUGAGUCGAGGGCCCUCUCAUAAAGAUCAGUCAGGCUUAGGAGUAGUCUUCGUUCUCGCGUUGUACCAAGCUCGCCAUCACGCGCUCGUGCAGUCGCUCAUGAGUCGCGGACCCGCCAAGGAGGCUCACGCGAAGAAGCUCCAUCGCGACAUCUGGGCCUCCGUCGCCGGCGACUCGCAGGCAGGUGAUUUCCGGGGAAGGUGCUUUUCAGGGGAGGUGGUUUCCAGGCAGCCAUGGGGAUUUCCUCACUCCCAUUGCGCGAAUCAACGCCGCCCUCUCGCUGCUGCAGCUGCAGCUACAGCCAACCAGGCGGAUCCCCAUAGCUCCCCCCCUCUUCCGGCUCUCACACCCCCCUCCCCCGUCCGCACCCCUUUGUCUCCCCAGGAGGAUUUCCUCACAUCAAUCGGUCGAAUCAACGCCGCCCUCUCGCUGCUGCAGCUGGAGCUGCGGGCGGCAGCCGACCAGGCGGACGGCGGGCUUUGGUACGGAGUGGUCAACCGGGCGGCAGACAGCCAGGGGAAGCUGGGCACGACGUACAGUCACGAGGAGAUUCAGUACUUCAAAUGCCUGGUGGAGCAUGUGGUAACCGCAUCCAACGGCUCAGGAUGCAUCUCCAGCGUUGCAGCGCUGCACCUCACCCCUGCUCCUAGUUCCACUCAGCUACAGCAGUAUCUGAAGAGCAUUGACGGGGUGGUUGUGUGCGACGUGUGCCAUGAUGCUGUUGUCAAAGCUGUGUGCUGUGCGUCCCCAUGCUGCGAAUACCGCCUGCACCAGUACUGCCUGCCCGCCAAGUUCCAUCGAGUCAAGAACCCCAAGUGCCCCCAGUGCGAUACCCCCUGGCCUUCCAGUGGGGGCGAGCCUGCACCACCCAGCCAAUCCCAAGCAGCUGGUCAAGGGGGGGCGGAUAGGAGGAGGCGGGCAGGGAAGCGGACAGUGGGAGAGGAGGCGAGGGAAGAGCAGAGGGAGGAGGAGAGGGAGGAGGAGGAGGACAGGGGAGACGGAGAGAGGGGGUAG